UUACAAAGUUAAAACUAACCAUAAACAAAUAUCUUUUACUCCACUUUCUCUCCUCCACUUUCGUAAGGGUGGUCACAAAUCUCUCCUCCUUCUCAAUCGGAUCCUGAAAACCCUAGAAAGAUGUCAACUUUCAAUUGGGUUUUCAAUUUGGUCCUCGUAAUUUUGAUUUCCGAGCUCCAUUUGAUCAGCUGCGGCGCGGGUUUAUCGUCGUCGAAGAACUCGUCUUACGAGCAGCAGCAGCUCGACAGGGUUUCGAAGCUUCCAGGACAGAGCUUCAAUGUCAGCUUCGCACACUAUUCUGGGUACGCUACUGUUAAUAAAGAAUCUGGUAGAGCUCUCUUUUAUUGGUUCUUUGAGGCUGAGGUGGACCCUUCUUCCAAACCCAUCGUUCUCUGGCUCAAUGGAGGGCCCGGGUGUUCAUCUGUUGCAUUCGGACUUGCUGAGGAAAUCGGACCAUUCCAUAUCGAGAAAGACGGAAAGUCCAUUUAUUUGAACCCGUAUUCUUGGAAUAAAGCUGCAAAUAUUCUGUUUUUGGACUCUCCGGCAGGAGUUGGUUUUUCGUAUUCAAACACUUCGUCUGACCUAUUCACCAAUGGUGAUAAACGAACUGCCGCCGAAAACCUAGAAUUUUUGCUGCAAUGGUUCAAACGGUUUCCGCAGUACAAAGGAAACGACUUCUACAUUACAGGAGAAAGCUAUGCUGGGCAUUACGUACCUCAACUAAGCCAAGCGAUCAUGAAACACAAUCACAAAAACGGAGAAGAAAUUAUCAACCUCAAGGGUCUCAUGGUUGGAAACGCGUUAAUCGAUGAUUUUCACGACCACUUAGGAGUGUUCCAAUUCAUGUGGUCAGUUGGUAUGAUUUCCGAUCAGACAUUCAAGAAAUUGAAUAUAUUAUGCGAUUUCCAAUCGUUCAUACACGCAAACGAGCAGUGUGACAAUGCUCUGGAUCUUGCGUAUGAAGAAGUCGGCGACAUUGAUAUGUACAGCAUCUUCACUCCUGCGUGCACAGCUAAUUCCACUAGUCUAAGUCGUCUUUCGAGGAAAAAGAGUAAGGUUGGUCUUUUGAGACGAGCAUACGAUCCAUGCACAGAGGAGCAUUCGACUGUUUACUUCAAUCUUCCGGAAGUUCAAAAGGCCCUUCAUGUUCAUACGAGAAACUCCUCGUUGAAAUGGGAAACUUGCAGUAACACAGUGAAUGAGAAUUGGCAAGAUUCUCCUAAGUCAGUAUUGAAUGUCUACCGUGAGCUUAUACACUCGGGACUUCGUGUCUGGAUCUUCAGUGGCGAUACAGAUGCUGUAAUUCCAGUAACAUCCACACGGUACAACAUAGAUGCUCUCAAACUUCCGACAGUUAGUCCGUGGCGGGCUUGGUACGAUGAUGGCCAGGUCGGAGGAUGGACGCAAGAAUAUAAAGGGUUGACUUUUGUGACGGUGAGAGGAGCAGGUCAUGAAGUUCCAUUGCAUAGACCGAAGCAAGCUUUGACCCUGGUCAAGUCGUUUUUAUCGGGAAUUUCAAUGCCUAAACUCGAGCUAGUUAGUGAUUCUUAGUUUUUCGUCCGAAGAUUUGCUGGUUUAUUAGGGCCAACGUUGAUCUUCAAUUCUCGAUCACACGGUUUAAAGUUGUCGUACUUAUGUUUUCACAAUAACUGAUUUGAAUUCUCAGUUCUACAUUUGCAGAAGAUGGCAAUAAAAAAAUAAUAUUUAUGGACUA